AUGUCCAGCGCGUACUCAUGGGACGUAUAUGCCGAAUCUCUGACAUAUCUUGGAUAUGGAUAUCCCCUCUGGUGCCCCGAUACCUGGAACAACGGGAAGCCUUGGGAUCUCAACGUCGGGGAUGUGGGUUGGCUUAGAAAUGGCCAGUUCUGUCCUCUGCUCAGGACGACGGCCACGGAUGCUGCCCAACAGCCUUUUAGGACCCUUCCCGAAGGUCAUUCGCCGUUGGUCAUGGCCAGGGGCGCGCUCAGCGAGUAUCCGGAACGGUUUUCGCGACCUACUAUAUUUCAUAGCAACACGAUCAACACGAGCAUGGUUAUGGGGGAAGUUUCCGUGUCUCCAGCAGACUUUGGCAUAGGCGGGAGCUUCAGUUUCAAGUCUGUCGAGGGUAAAGGGGCGCUCCUGAUGCUCAGCCCCAGGGCAGAGGAAACGAUCUUCCAAUCAGCCACAACUGUCGUCAAUUAUAUGCGCGCGAACCACAAAAAAUGGGAAGACUUCGCAAAUGAUCCUCACGGGCUGGGCCUCAACCUGGAGCCGGAAGACAUUAUCUUCGUCACCGGCAUGAUCAAGACCGUUGACUGGGGCAUCACGACAUUCACGAGCAUGCAGCGCGAGGUAGAAGCGAGCAUCUCGUGCACCCUCGGCGGGGUCGGCUCGGCGAGCAUCAGCGCACAUGUCACCAAUAGGUCCGCGACGAACCUUUACCCAAAGGCAGGGCCAUCGAGCUCAUGGGGGCCAUCGGCAGCGUCUAGCCAAUCCCCGCCCAAGGCAGACCAGUGCAUCUUUCUCCACUACUACAAAUUGAAGCGUCGAGCGAUCUUAGGCAUGCCUCCGCGAUUCGAG